UACCUGGGAGGUUUGGACACUGCCAAUCCCAUCUUUCUCUCCAUCACCAUCCAUGUCUUUACAGUACUACACUAUAGUAGGGUAGCAUCAUCUUCUCUCUCUCUAGCUCCUAUACAUGUAACCUCUCCCUCUUCCCCUCUAUCUCUCCACACCAGUCGUCACACACGCUCGAUCAAACGCAAACCCCCAUACAAGAAUGAUAUGCCACUCAUGACCUAAUCACUCAAUUCCACUACCUCUCUCUCUCAGCUCCUUUAAUUUUCUUCCUCCUUAGCUUGCAACACCCAAGAACUUCGGCUCGAGCUCAUCGUUGGCUCGUUGCAACAAGAUUGCAGUUUCCCCAGCAUCAGGAGGACUCGCAGGGCGACGACGAUGGCAACUCCUGAUCUCUCCCUCCACAUCAGCCCUCCGUCGUCAGCAGAAGCCGGCGGCGAGAUGCAGGCCGUGGAGCCGAGGCUGCUGCUGCUGGGGCUAGAGCUCGACAUGGCUGCAGCGCCUCCGCCGGCGGUGAUGAAGACGGGCGACGCGGCUGCGCAGCGGCACGGCGGCCUCCAGCAGGUGCAGCAGCAGCAGCGCCGGCUGCACCAGCCGAGCCAGACGGCCCACGGGUUCAAGAAGAGCUCGGGCGGCGCCGGCGGAGGGAGGAGGAGCGCCAGGGCUCCGCGGAUGCGGUGGACCACCGCGCUGCACGCGCACUUCGUGCACGCCGUCGAGCUCCUUGGCGGCCAUGAGAGAGCAACACCAAAGUCAGUAUUGGAACUGAUGAACGUGAAGGAUCUUACACUAGCACAUGUCAAGAGCCACCUCCAGAUGUACAGGGCAGUGAAGGGCACAGACAGAUCAUGCUUUGCAGGCCAUGGGCAGGCCAGAGACAUGGCCUUUCUGAGAAGAGGUGCUGCUGGCGAAGUGGAUGGCUUUGAUGUUUUCAACAGCAACAGCUCGGUCAACACCGCCACUACCUUCAACAACGAUACUGCUAGGAGGUCACGGUCUCCAUCAGGAGAGCAGCAGCAGCGGCGGCGGCUGGAUCAUCAAGAAGCAGCAGUGGCCGCUUGCGCUUGGAUCCGCGCCCACCAGCGGCUCCAGAGCUGCGGCAGCGAUGAACUGACGCUGCAGCCACCGCCAUGCCGCCUGCGGCCUGCAGCUGAUCGCCUCUUGACGACGACGGAGGAGCAAUGCCAGCAGCAGCAGGGAUCAAAGGGAGGAGAACAAGAUCAUCUCGGAGAAGGAGGUGCCGUUGCUGUUCAUCAUCUCGCGGACGAGCAGGCUCGGGAGAAAUUACCAUCAUCCCCGCCACCACCCCAUGAUCAUCACCACGCCGGAAGCGGCCUCUUCCGAUGGCCGUCGCCGGCGAACAACACGAGCAGCAGCGGCGACGACACGGUCUCGAGCUCGGAGCGGCUCCAGCAGCGGCACUACUGCAGCGGCGGCGGCGGCGGCGGCAUGGGCGUCCGGCUUGCGGCCGUCGGACUGCCCGCCCCGCCGCCGCCGAGCCUGGAGAUGAGCCUGGGGAGGCAGGGGUGGCAGAUGGAGCAGCGCGUCGGCGACGAGUUCGAGUUCGAGUUCGAGUCGUCGUCGCCGCCGGCGGCGCCCAACGAGCUAACCAUGCUCAAGUGCUUGUGAAAUUGUUUAAUUAUUUGUUGUUAAUUAUUAACUGCUUAAAGCCUAAUUUGCAGUCAAGACUGUUAGCCAUGCCGAUGAAAUCCAUGUCCGACGAGCUAACCUUAUCUUCGCCGUCUUUUUUUUGUUUGUUUGUUUCUUCCCUUUCCCCGCUGAGAUGAUCGUCGUUGUCUGUGUCACGUUCCAAACCAUAUGUAACCACAAUAACGAACAUGGGACAAUAUCAGUUUAAUAUCUGAUAUGGGAGGCCCGUUCUCACAA